AUGGUUCGAUCGCCAUUUGACAUCUCAGACGAUGAGGAUGACCCGUUCAGCGACAGAAACUACUCGCGACUGGUGAAUCGCACCGAAGAAGCCAAAAACGUUCCUGACAUCGGACGUGCCAAACACGCUGCUUCCAAAGCAUAUCCUCCUGUGUUCAACGUGGAUGAGGUGACCAAAGGGCCGACUAACAUCUCAAUUUCUACAAACCAGCAACGAAGUGCGCUACACAUGACUCUCUUCGGAGGUCGUGAACGUGGAUGGCCUUACUUCACGUACUUCGUGAGCCUCAUUCAGAUAGCCGUGUUCAUCUACGAGCUGGUGAAAAUGGGCGUUUACACGAAAUCCAUCUUCCAAACCAAGCCAUACUUCAACCCUAUGCUUGGACCCUCUUCAUACGUGCAAAUCAACGUGGGGGCCAGAUAUCUGCCCUGCAUGACAGCGAUUAAGGGCUACACCGAUAACAUGCGGCUAGAGUGGCCCUGCCCCAACUCCACGUCCACGUCGACCGACGUUUGCAGUCUGAAGGAGCUUUGUGGCAUGGGGGUUGGUUUCUCCAACGGCACGCCGCGCCAAUGGUGGAGACUGUUCACCUCGAUUUUCAUCCAUGCCGGAUUCAUACACAUCAUCUUCAACCUUCUUCUACAGGUCGCGCUUGGAUCUAAGGUUGAACGCUACAUUGGACUACUCAGGUACGCAUUUAUCUACGUUGCAGCGGGCAUGGGAGGCUCCAUUUUGGGCGCCAAUUUCCUGCCCGCUGGCAUGGUUUCAUCUGGAGCUUCGGGAGCGCUAUGUGGCGCCUGUAUUGCCAUGAAUCUCCUUCUUCUCGUCUACAACAACAACGUCGGCCACUAUGACAGUCGUCUGGAAGGCCGUGCCAGCAGACAGCUUUUCGUCAUGAUGCUGGUUGGCUCCCUGGUGGAAGUGAUUAUCAUAUUUGUACUGGGACUGCUGCCAGGAAUAGACAACUUUGCCCACAUUGGCGGCUUUGUCAUCGGGAUCGCGCUGGGGACUGUUCUUCUGGAGAGCCCAUACUUUGUAUACGAGCAGGACAGGCGGACGCGCAAACCCCUUGUCUUUUUCACAUGGAUCUCCGUUCGAGUCGUGUGUCUCGCGUUGACCAUAGCAUAUUUCGCACUCUUAUCGAAGAACUUUGCAGAUAAAGGGGCCGAGGCGUCAGAUAGCUGCAAAUGGUGCAAAUACAUCAACUGUCUCCCGGUCAACGGGUGGUGCGAGCUGGGCAAUUUGUCUGCAACGUCGUCAUGA